GGACCAUGUGCUCCGUGAAGAUACGCGACGACGAACGGAGCUUGAUGCGCACGAGACGAGGGACGACUCUGCUGCGCCAAGCGCCGCCUGGCGACGAAACUGAAAUCAGCGGCAAGGAGGCGGACUCUGGCUUACGCGAGGCCACUCCCACGCCACCCCACUCGUUGCGCGAUAUGUGGGUUCCACCCCUUUUGCGUCUCGCGCGCUGUGAAUGCCGUGAUGAAGCGUUCACUCCUGACGAACGGGUUUGCUUGAGAAGGGCAGAAGGAAGACCAAGGGAGAAGGAAGCCGGCGCCGCUGUACCUCGGCAUUGUCGUAACCUCUAG